CGGAAAAUUGUUUAGUCAAAUACUCCUUUCAUUAAUCAUACUAUAAACAGGUGCGGUUCCAAUUUAUCAUUACUCCUCUAAUUUAUAUAUAAGGACGUAAACUUUUUCGGUCGAAAAGAAAUUAUAUGGAUCUUGGCAUUGUCCUUGCCCCUCCUUUUUUUAAACGUAUAUAAAUCGAGGAGUGUAGUUUUUGAAGCGAGUGAUUCGAAAUUACGAAAUUGUGGCUUAAGAUGGUGGCUGUCAAAGUGUUUUUAAUAUUGAGUGUGUUGGCGGCGUACGCGGCAGCCGAUCCAGUUGUAGGAUUUUUGCUCGGCAAAAAGAUUGGAUUUUUGGGUGGAUUAGCAGUCGGAAAGCUUAAGUACGGAUCUGGUGGUUACGGAGGGUAUGGGCAUGGAUACGGACACGGAGGAUACGGUGGUGGAUGGGGUUAUGGCGGUGGCUACGGCGGAGGAUGGGGAGGCUACGGAGGUCAUGGUUAUGGCUGGUGAUUUAGGUUAACAAAUUGUAUUUAUUGUGUAAAUUUUUGUACAUUUUCCUAUUUAUAAAUGAAAUGAAAUCCGUA